AAACGGCAGUCGUUUAAGCGUUUGAAUUGCUCUCCACGCAACGCAGUGCUUUCCUCAACCUUUCCAUUCCCGUUUAAACCCUAGCAGAGGGUUUUAGCUCGCGCCACACGAAGCUUCUCCAUGAUCCAUUUCGAAGGCGCAUUCUAAGCCAUGGCUGCUUCAAAGUUAACCUCAUGCGUGGCGGUAACUUCCGCCGCGGUGGUUUCCAUGUCCGCCUUCUCCGAUCGUGCCUACGCCGAUUCUUACUUCCGACUCCCUUUCUUCUCCUCUAAACCUUCCAAUGAACCCUCGCCGCCGAACCAGACCUCCGACUCCAAGUCCGAGCCUCCGCCGCCCGAUGAACCUAACAAAUCGGGUGGCUUCGACCCGGAAUCCUUAGAAAGAGGAGCCAAAGCACUCCGUGAAAUCAAUAGUUCUCCCUACUCCAAGCAGCUGUUCGAUUUAAUGCGAAAACAGGAGGAAACUCGCCUCGCUGAAUUAGAUGCUGAGAAAGUUCAUUACGAACUUAUUCAAUCUCAAGGAGAUAUUGAAAGGCAGCGUAAAAUGGCUGAAGAACAGCGCAAUCUAAUACAAGACCAAGCCCAGAGACAGGCCCAGGUGUUGCGAUAUGAAGAUGAGUUGGCAAGGAAAAGAAUGCAGACAGAUCAUGAAGCCCAAAGGCAACAUAAUGUUGAAUUGGUCAAGAUGCAAGAGCAGUCUUCUUUCAGAAAGGAGCAGGCAAGACAGGCUACUGAAGAACAGAUUCAAUCUCAGCAGCGUCAGACUGAGAGAGAGAGAGCUGAAAUUGAAAGAGAAACUAUUAGAGUUAAGGCAAUGGCGGAGGCUGAAGGCCGAGCCCAUGAAGCAAAAUUGACCGAGGAUCAUAACAGGAGAAUGCUUAUAGAACGAAUGCAAGGUGAAAGAGAUAAAUGGCUUGCUGCAAUUAACACAACCUUUAGUCAUAUUGAAGGUGGUCUAAGGGCCUUAUUGACUGAUAGGGACAAAUUGCUUAUGACUGUUGGAGGAGCUACUGCACUAGCUGCAGGAAUAUAUACGACUAGAGAAGGUAGUAAAGUCACCUGGGGCUAUAUUAAUCGGAUUUUGGGGCAGCCAUCGCUGAUCCGGGAGUCAUCUAUGGCAAAGUUUCCUGGGUCAGAGAUCAUUUCUCAAGCCAAAAACAAAGUGCUGUGUAAUAGUACUUUGGCUGGGGCAGAAAAGCCUAUUGGGAGUAAAAAUGGUCUUGGAAAUGUAAUCCUUCAUCCAUCAUUGCAGAGAAGAAUAGAGCAUCUUGCACGUGCAACAUCAAAUACCAAAUCCCAUCAGGCACCAUUUCGUAACAUGCUUUUUUAUGGGCCUCCUGGCACUGGUAAAACGAUGGUUGCAAAGGAAUUAGCUAGAAGAUCGGGUUUGCAUUAUGCCAUGAUGACUGGAGGAGAUGUUGCACCUCUUGGCGCACAGGCUGUUACCAAAAUUCAUGAUAUAUUUGAUUGGGCCAAGAAAUCAAGAAAAGGCCUAUUGCUUUUUAUUGAUGAGGCGGAUGCUUUCCUUUGCGAGCGUAACAGCUCCCACAUGAGUGAAGCUCAACGAAGUGCUCUAAAUGCAUUGCUCUUCAGAACUGGUGAUCAGUCUAGAGACAUAGUACUUGUCCUGGCGACAAACAGGCCUGGUGAUCUUGAUAGUGCAGUUACUGAUCGCAUUGAUGAAGUAAUUGAAUUCCCACUUCCAGGAGAGGAAGAGCGUCUAAAGUUGUUGAAGCUCUAUUUGAACAAAUAUUUAUGUGAUGACAAUAAUGGCUCCAAGGGGGGUUUCUUCCUGAAGAAGCAACCUCAGAAGAUUACCAUAAAAGAUUUAUCUGAAGAUGUUUUCAGAGAGGCUGCCAAGAAAACAGAGGGAUUUUCUGGCCGCGAGAUCGCCAAACUCAUGGCCAGCGUCCAAGCUGCUGUUUAUGGGCGCCCAGACUGCAUCUUGGAUGCCCAGUUGUUUAGAGAAAUUGUAGAUUACAAGGUCGUGGAACAUCAUCAACGAUUAAAACUAGCAGCUGAAGGUGGCCAGCCUUGCCAAAUAUAAAUUUGAGCAUUUUAUUUGCAUCCCCAUUUUGACCUGCUAUGUUAGUGUUUUUGUCAUGUUAUUUGGGCCAUGUGGCCGAUGAGGCAGAUUCGUUGAAAAAGCUACACCUAGAUGCAUUUUGUGAGCCAAAUUUGCAGGAUACUUCGGCUUUAUUAAUUAUUACUUUGUUAGGAAUAUAGGAGGAGGGGCUUUAGCCUUUAAUUACUUGGAAGCAGCAUAUCAGAACCUUUUCACCUCAUCCUAUAGAGCAAGAAGCCAGGUUUUUGAGAGCAUAGAAGUCAAAUUACAUUUAUUAAUAAAUUUAUAGAAUAUGCUCAAAGUUGUAAUUUUUUUUAUUUUUUUUUGCGAAUUUUAUUUCUUCUAAAUUCCAAUGAAGAUUCUACCAAAUUUGAAUAUGCUAAAUAUUUUUUUUCUUAAA